AUGCUCUGCUUUCCCUUUCAAAUCUCUUUCCUUUCUUCCUAGACAUCAGCGAUUGCUCUUCCGUCCCUGGGAACUGGGACCGCUCCGCCUUCUAGACGCCGGCUCUGUCCUUGCAGGUCCCAGGUAGGUCUGAGCCAGAGCCCCGCCAUUUUUCCUGGUUCUCCUGGCUGCCCGGGCAAUUCGGUCUCCUUCUCCUCAUCUGACCUCAUGGCCAGCCUGCUGCCUGGGAAGAGAAGAGCAAGACCUCUCCCCCUCUGGGAUCCUUCUCCCUGCCCAGCUCAGUCUGCAGAGGACCAAGGCCUGGGCCCAGCAGGGAGCCUGGAGCCAGAGGGAAUGGCCCCUGGGAGCAGCAGCCCCCCUCCCCAGGGGCUGGUGAUAUUCAAGGAUGUGGCUGUGGACUUCACCCAGGAGGAGUGGGGCCUCUUGGACCAUGCUCAGAAGGAGUUGUACAAGGGGGUCAUGCUGGAGAAUGCCUGGAACCUGCUCUCCCUGGGGCUGCCAGUUCCCAGAGAAGACGUGAUCUCUUAUUUUGAGCAAAGGGAAGCCCCAUGGAUGCUGGAGCAAGAAAGCCGGGGGAGCUGCUGUCCAGAAGGAGAAAUCGGACUGGAAAUGGAAGAAUGUACUACAGAUCUAAUCCUUUCUGUUGAAGAAAGUCACAAGCAAGGAUUCGUAAGUGAUGGUCCCUAUGACUUCAGUUGGACAGAAGUCUGCACAACACCUAAGAGUAUCUACAACCCAGAGAAAUAUUAUGACUGUGAACAAUGUGGAAUGGGUUUUACAGAGAGGAAGUAUCUUAUUGGAUAUCAGAGAAUCCACACUGCAGAGAAACCUUAUAAAUGUUAUCAAUGUGGAAACUCUUUUACAUGGAAGGACAGUCUUCUUCACCAUCAGAGGAUCCACACUGGAGAGAAACCUUAUGAAUGGAAUCAAUGUGGAAAGGCUUUUAUACAGAGGGCUGAUCUUACUGUACAUCAGAGAGCACACCCUGGAGAGAAACCUUAUGAAUGUAAUCGGUGUGGAAAGACCUUUACAGCAAAGAGAUAUCUUAUUGCACAUCAGAGAAUACAUACUGGUGAGAAACCCUAUGAAUGUAACCAAUGUGGAAAAGCUUUUACACAGAGGUCUAAUCUUAUUCAACAUCAGAGAACACACACUGGAGAGAAACCUUAUGAAUGUAGUCAAUGUGGAAAAGCUUUUAUACAGAGGGGUCAUCUUAUUAGACAUCAGAGAGCACACACUGGGGAGAAACCUUAUGAAUGUAAUCAAUGUGGAAAGACUUUUAGAGAGAAGAGAUAUGUUAUUGCACAUCAGAAAGUACAUACUGGCGAUAAAUCUUAUGAAUGUAGUCAAUGUGGAAAAGCUUUUAUACAGAAAUCUAAUCUUACUCAACAUCAAAGAACACACACUGGAAAGAAAGCUUAUGAGUGUACCCAGUGUGGAAAGGCUUUUAAAAAGAGGAACCGUCUUACCCAACAUGAGAGAAUCCACACUGGAGAGAAACCUUAUGAAUGUAAUCAUUGUGAAAAGGCUUUUAGAGAGAAGAGGUGUCUUACUGCACAUCAGAGAAUCCACACUGGAGAGAAACCUUAUGAAUGUAGUCAAUGUGGAAAGACCUUUACAGAGAAGAGGUGUCUUAUUGCACAUCAGAGAAGACAUACUGGAGAGAAACCUUAUGAAUGUAAUCAAUGUGGAAAGACCUUUACAGAGAAGAGGUGUCUUAUUGCACAUCACAGAAUACAUACUGGAGAGAAACCUUAUGAAUGUAAACAGUGUGGAAAAGCUUUUAUACAGAGGUCUAAUCUUAUUCAACAUCAGAGAACACACACUGGAGAGAAACCUUAUGAAUGUAAUCAAUGUGGAAAAGCUUUUAUACAGAGGGGUCAUCUUAUUCGACAUCAGAGAGCACACACUGGAGAAAAACCUUAUGAAUGUAAUCAGUGUGGAAAGACUUUUAGAGAGAAGAUAUCUCUUAUUGCACAUCAGAGAAUUCAUACUGGUGAGAAACCUUAUGAAUGUAAUCAAUGUGGAAAUGCUUUUAUACACAGGACUAAUCUUACUCAACAUCAGAGAACACACACUGGAGAGAAACCUUAUGAAUGUAAUCAAUGUGGAAAAGCUUUUAUACAUAGGGCUAAUCUUGUUGUACAUCAGAGAGGACACACUGGAGAGAAACCUUAUGAAUGUACCCAAUGUGGAAAGGCUUUUAAACAGAGGAACCAUCUCACCCAACAUCAGAGAAUCCACACUGGAGAGAAACCUUAUCAAUGUAAUCAUUGCGGAAAGACUUUUACACAGAAAGCCACUCUUACCCAACAUCAGAGAACCCACACUGGAGAGAAACCUUAUGAAUGUAGUCAAUGUGGAAAGGCUUUUGCACGGAAAGGUGUUCUUGUUAAACAUGAAAGAAUCCACACUGGAGAGAAAUCGUUUGAUUGUAAUCAAUGUGGAAAGACUUUUACACAUAAGUACCGUCUUCUUAUACAUAGAAGAAUCCACACUGGAAAGAAACCUUAUGAAUGUUCCCAGUGCAGAAAGACUUUUACACGGAAGGCCUCUCUUACUGAACAUCACAGAAUCCACACUGGAGAGAAACCUUAUAAAUGCAAUCAAUGUGGAAAAGCUUUUAAAUGGAGGGGAAAUCUUAUUACACAUCAGAGAAUCCACACUGGAGAGAAACCUUAUGAAUGUAAUCAAUGUGGAAAGACUUUUGUAUAUAAGGAUGGCCUUGUUAAACAUCAGAGGAUCCACACUGGAGAGAAUCUUUAUGAUUGUAGUCAAUGUAGAAAGGCUUUUACAGAUAAGCACAGUCUUGUUAGACAUAGAAGAAUCCACACUGGAGAGAAACCUUAUGAAUGUAAUCAAUGUGGAAAGACUUUUAGACUGAAGGUUUCUCUUAAUAGACACCUGAGAACACACACUGGAGAGAAACCAUAUGACUGUGGUCAGUGUGGAAAGACUUUUACAAAUAAGCGGAGUCUUGUUACACAUCAGAGAAUCCACACUGGAGAGAAACCUUAUGAAUGUAAUCAAUGUGGAAAGAGUUUUACAGGUAAGCGCAGUCUUGUUAGACAUAGAAGAAUCCACAUUGGAGAGAAACCUUACGAAUGUAAUCAAUGUGGAAAGACUUUUACAUGGAAACGUGGUCUUGUUACACAUGAAAGAAUCCACACAGGAGAGAAACCUUAUGAAUGUAAUGAAUGUGGAAAGACUUUUACAUGUAAACACAGUCUUGUUAGGCAUAGAAGAAUCCACACUGGAGAGAAACCUUAAAAAUGUAAUCAAUGUGAAAAGACUUUUACAUCUAAACACAGUCUUGUUAGAGGAAUCCAAACUGGAGAGAAACCGUAUUAAUGUAAUCAAUGUGGAAAGGUUUUUGCAUAUAUAGGAAUGUCCUUGUUAAGCAUCAGAGGAUCCACACUGGAGGGAAACCUUAUGAAUGUAAUCAAUGUGGAAAGACUCUUACCACAGAAGGUCUUUCUUAUUGUACAUCAGAGAAUCUUCACUGGAGAGAAGCCUUAUGAAUGUACCCAGUGUAGAAAGGCUUUUAAACAGAAGUCCUCUUUUACUAAACAUCAGAGAAUCCACACUGGAGAGAAACCUUAUGAAUGUACCCAGUGCAAAUAGGAUUUUACUACGCAAGGGGAGGGGCCAAGUCAAGAACCAAUCGGCCCUGGUCGUUCAGGCGGUGCUUGAUGAUG